AUGGCGAUGAAGUUGCUGAUCAUUCUCUCCCUCCUUUUUACACUAGGCAGUGCCGAUAUCAUCAUCGAUGUAACGGACUUCGGAACGAAAGCCGACGGAAAAUCUGAUGACAGCCAUGCAUUUGUAAAAGCAUGGAAUUCUGCUUGCAACUCCGAGGACUCAACUACCUUUCAAGUACCGGCCGGAAAAUAUCUACUCUAUCCGACCACUUUUGGUGGACCAUGCAAAAGUUCGAAAAUAACUAUAAAUUUGAAAGGAGAGUUGAUUGCUUCUCCUGAUAUUAACAAAGUAAAAGAUGGGGCAUGGAUUAGGUUUGAGAAGGUUGAAGGGUUAGAGAUCAAUGGUGGGGUAUUGGAUGGGAAGGGAGCUCUCUAUUGGGUCUGCAAGGAAGAUGAUGGAGAUUGCCCUAUAGGUGCAAAAUCUCUACUCUUCAACAAAUGCAAGAAUGUAACAAUAAACAACCUCACAUCAAUGAACAGCAAAAAGUUUCACAUCGUUUUCAAUGACUCUAAGGGGAUCAAAGUUCAUGGCAUAAAGAUUAGAGCCCCUGGUGACAGCCCUAAUACCGAUGGUAUUCAUGUUGAAGGAUCAAGUGAUGUUCUCAUAACAGAUCCAAGCAUACAAACUGGAGAUGAUUGUAUUUCAAUUGGACCUGGAACACAUAAUCUGCAUGUUGAGCGAGUGACUUGUGGGCCUGGACAUGGCAUUAGCAUUGGGAGCCUUGGACAUCACUUGGAUGAGGCUGGUGUACAGGAUGUGACAGUGAAAAAUGUAGUGUUUGAUGGGACAACAAAUGGGUUGAGGAUAAAGACGUUUGCGCGAAAGAGUAAUGGCUUUGUGAAAAAUAUAGUAUAUGAUGGGGUGGUCAUGAAUAAUGUGGAGAACCCCAUCAUCAUCGACCAGAAAUACUGUCCACACGAACAUUGUCCACAUCAGAAAUCCAGCAUAAAGAUAAGUGAUGUGACGUACAAAAACGUUAUGGGAACUUCUGCAACUGAGGUGGCCAUCAACUUUGCUUGCAGUGCAUGCAAGAACAUUGAAUUGCAAGAUGUAUAUCUUACUUACAAACAAGGCGAGGCUCAGGCCUCUUGCACACAUGCUAAUGGGAAAACAACUGGUUAUGUCAUACCACCUAGUUGUUUAUAGAUUUUUA